AUGUCGGAGUCCAAGUUCAAACGAGGGGGAAGCCACCGUGGCAGCAUCACGGGAGGCGUGGUGCGGCCGGGCCAGCCAAGUGUUGGGCUGCACGCAUCCGGGUUUCCGGUCUACCAACACCUCCCAGAUCGCUUGGACGAGACAAGCGAAGACUAUCGCGAUCAUGUCGCCACAUUUGUCUCCGACAUUGACAUUUCAAAGCUCAAGAUGCCGAGUAGCAUGACGUUUAGUGAGGAGGGCAUUUAUGACAACUUGCCAGCAGACAAAUCAAACUCGCAGCCGGAUCUGCCGUCCAAGAUGUCGUAUUCGCAGGAAGGCGCCUAUGAGACGCUGCCCAUGCGUGGAGAGUAG